ACAAAGUUGAGUGUAAAACGGCGGAAGGGGAACAAAGCACAGAGGGGACAGUGGGGGAGGAGUAAGUGUGUAGGAGGAGCGGGAGGAGGCGCUCCGCAUCAGGAGCUUUGGGAUUAUGACCAAUAACACACGUUUGUUCUCUUGUGCCUAAUUACAAUGUCAGACUGUAUAUAGAGCAGACGCUAGGUGGUUGUUACUCAUUCUCUCUCAGUUCAUUCGAACAGCAACACCAUGCCUGAACCAGCUAAGACCGCGCCCAAGAAGGGAUCCAAGAAAGCCGUGACCAAGACGGCAGGGAAAGGCGGCAAGAAGCGCAGAAAGACCAGGAAGGAGAGUUACGGCAUCUACGUGUACAAAGUCCUGAAGCAGGUGCACCCCGAUACCGGGAUCUCCUCUAAGGCCAUGGGCAUCAUGAACUCGUUCGUCAACGACAUUUUUGAGCGCAUCGCCGGUGAGUCUUCUCGUCUGGCUCACCACAACAAGCGCUCCACCAUCACCUCUAGGGAGAUCCAGACUGCCGUGCGUCUGUUGCUUCCCGGAGAGUUGGCCAAGCACGCCGUGUCUGAGGGCACAAAGGCCGUCACCAAGUACACCAGCUCCAAGUAAAGCGCCUUAGCGCCAUCUUUAUCAACACAAAGGCUCUUUUAAGAGCCACCCACUUUUUCAUACAACGUGCAAAUCUCCUUUCUCUGUGUGAGUCUCAGGCACACGCGCACAC